AGAGACAUUUGCAAACUGAGCACACCAUGUAAUCUUUUUACUAUGACGACGACGGCAGCGGCCAUUUUUGAGUCUUUCCGUCGUGGCGCACGAACAUGACACGAAAUUAACGAAAUUCCGCGCGAUCUGUCAGAUCUGUGGUUGAUGAGGCAGACAGAGAGAGAGGAGAGAAAAGGAGAAGAGGGGAGGGAGAGAGAGAGAGAGAGAAACUGUGAGAGAGAGAGAGGUGAUGGUAAAAAAAGGAAAGGAAAAAGAGAGAAAAAACAGCUUGAUAUCGUAAUAUACGCGGGCGGAUAGCCGGGGUUUAACCCAGCCUUUAACAUGGCCUCCAUAAAGCAGGCUUUCAAUGAAGCUGUGGAAAGAGUCUCGACAGUUAGAAUGCCUGCGCCGACGCGGCUGAGGGAUCUGAUCAGACAAAUACGAGCUGCACGAACAGCUGCAGAAGAGAGGACGGUUGUGAAUAAGGAAUGCGCGUAUAUUCGUUCAACGUUUAGGGAAGAAGACAGCGUGUGGAGAUGCCGUAACAUUGCUAAGCUAUUGUAUAUUCAUAUGCUGGGGUAUCCGGCGCACUUUGGUCAAUUGGAAUGUUUGAAGCUCAUCGCUUCGCCCAGAUUCACUGACAAACGAAUUGGUUACUUGGGAGCCAUGCUGUUGCUAGACGAACGGCAAGACGUACAUCUCUUAAUCACAAAUUGUCUAAAAAAUGACUUGAACAGUUCCACACAGUUCGUCAUCGGUUUGGCGUUGUGUACCCUCGGUGCGAUUGCGUCGCCGGAAAUGGCAAGGGAUCUGGCGUCCGAGGUAGAGAGAUUGAUGAAAUCACCGAACGCGUACAUCCGAAAGAAAGCGGCGCUUUGUGCCUUUCGGAUCAUCAGACGCGUGCCGGAGUUGAUGGAGAUGUUUUUGCCGGCCACUCGCAGCCUGAUCACCGAGAAGAACCACGGGGUCCUCAUCACUGGCGUCACUCUCAUCACGGAGAUGUGCGAGAACAGUAUUGAUACGCUGAAUCAUUUCAAAAAGGAAUGCGGCCAUCGUGAGAUUGUGCCAAACCUCGUUAGAAUUUUGAAGAACCUAAUCCUAGCCGGAUACUCGCCCGAGCACGACGUAUCCGGAGUAUCGGAUCCAUUUCUUCAGGUGAAGAUACUGCGUCUUCUACGUAUUCUGGGACGUAACGACAUUGACGCAUCCGAAGCUAUGAAUGAUAUUCUUGCUCAAGUUGCCACUAAUACGGAAACCAGCAAAAACGUCGGUAAUACGAUACUCUAUGAGACGGUUCUAUCGAUCAUGGACAUUAAGUCGGAGAGCGGGCUUCGAGUCUUAGCGGUCAACAUACUGGGCAGAUUUUUAUUGAAUAAUGACAAAAAUAUCAGAUAUGUGGCUCUGAAUACGUUAUUGAAGACAGUUUACGUGGACACCAGCGCGGUGCAGAGGCAUCGAUCGACAAUUCUAGAAUGCUUGAAAGACCCAGACGUAUCGAUUAGAAGGCGUGCGAUGGAGCUAAGCUUUGCGCUCGUCAAUUCUAACAAUAUCAGGAAUAUGAUGAAGGAAUUGCUCCUAUUUUUGGAACGUGCCGAUCCCGAAUUUAAGGCUCAAUGCAGCAGCAAUAUCGUUAUGUCUGCGGAGAGAUUUGCUCCGAACAAACGCUGGCAUCUCGAGACUCUCUUCAAAGUACUUGUCGCGGCUGGUAAUUAUGUGCGAGAUGACGUAGUGGCAUGCACGAUACAAUUAAUUUCGGAGACGCAGUCACAGCAGGGAUAUGCCGUUAGUGCAUUGUGGCGCGCGUUAGAAAAGGAUACGUCCGAUAAACAGCCUUUGGCGCAAGUUGCCACAUGGUGCAUCGGCGAAUACGGCGAUCUAUUGUUAUACGGUCCACCGUCAGAAGAUGCCGAGACUCCAAUCAAUUUGACAGAGGACGAAAUCAUCGAUGUAUAUCAGAGGUUACUCUGGAAUCCGCAGAACACUGUGAUCACAAAACAGUACACUUUGUUGUCUCUUACCAAAUUAAGCACGAGGUUCCAGAAAGGUCAUGAGAAAAUUUGUCAGAUCAUAGAUACGUUUGGUAGCAAUUUACAUAUCGAAUUACAGCAGAGGGGUAUUGAGUUUUCACAGCUGUUUCGAAAGUAUGAUCAUCUGCGACCCGCGUUGCUCGAGAGAAUGCCGCCGAUGGAAACCGCGCGACCGCAGGCCAAUGGUAUCAUAGGCAUGAUGAAUGGUGAGCCAGAACCGGAAGAUGAAAAAUCCACAAUGCUGGAAUCAGCAACUACUACAUCCGAUUCAAGUGCACUUUUAGAUUUACUUGGAACUACGGAUGUAGGAAUAACGACGCCGGCGACGAACAAUAAAAAUUCUUCAUCGAGUACGAUUGCGGCAGCGCAUAAUAAUGACCUGCUGGAUUUGCUUGGAAGUUUGGAUUUGAAUACGCCUACGCCUGUCGCUCCCACGUUACCACUUCAACCGCAGGCAUCAUCCGCACCGAUGUUCAGUCCCACUAAUAACAGUAACUUCUUAGUAGAUGGAUUACUCAGUACUCCUACAGUGCAAAACGAACUACCAAGUAUGGUGGUCUUGGAUAAAUCAGGGCUCAAAAUAACGUUCAAAUUAGAAAGACCGCCUGAUAUCUCCGAUCUGUUGGUCAUAAAUAUGUUGGCUCAAAAUUCUGGAAGCACUAUUUUAACCGAUUUUUUAUUUCAAGCAGCAGUUCCUAGGACAUUCCAAUUACAAAUGUUGUCGCCGUCAAGUACUGUCAUUCCGCCAUCUGGUCAAGUAACUCAAGUCUUGAGAAUAACUAAUAUGAAUAGAGCACAAUUAAGAAUGAGAUUGCGUAUAUCAUAUAUCGGCCCGACUGGAUCAGUUCUAGAACAAACAGAAGUCAAUAACUUUCCCGUUUCGACAUCGCAGUGACAAGAUGUAAUACAAAAUACAUUUGUACAUAUGCCUGCCUAAAAAUAAUUAAUAGAAUUUUGAAAGCGGAGACUGAAAGGAAGAUGAAAGAAACGCAAUCUUUCUUCAUUAGGACAGUGAAACAUACAACUUGGCUAUACCUAACACACACACACACACAGAGAGAGAGAGAGAGAAAGAGAGAGAGAGAGCAUUUGUAUUAAGCAAUUUAAUCAUUGUAUGUGCGGCAUCGAUAAGGCAAGACCUAAACUUUCUAAAAGACACUUUGAGUGUGUUGAAAAGUAUGAUAAUUUAAUUUUCCGCGAUUUGUUGGAUAUAUUCUAAAAAUUCAUAACGAAAAGUGAAUUCUUCGGCGCGUAUUAAAACUCGUCGCGGAUAAUGUGAUAUUAAUAUCGCGAUCUUUCAAAAAUUACGUUUUGUAUUUUAUUACUGUUGUCUAUCGUUUUCGCGUAAUUUGGUUACAAUGAGAGUGUGUGUGUGCAAGUGCUUCGUUUUCGUAAUGUCUCGCAUGCGGAAGAAAAAGGAAGAAAAGAAAAAUGUAAAUAUUUUUUCUAAUAACUGAAAUACGCGGAGGGAAUUGGGGAGAUAUCGUGCUCUGAUUGGUUGCAUUCCUGUUUUUCGACUACUAAUUUAGCGCAUAAUUUCUCACGGUUAAAUAAUGAAAAAAUGAAGAAACGAGAGUAAAAAGAAGAAAACCGAAACACAUCAGACUCUUUAUAUACCACUUAGGAACAAUAGAACAUUGAAAAAACACGGAAGGAUCGGAAGAAGGUUUCGUCACCUAAAGUGCUUUGUCGCUGCCCCAAAAAGUUAUCUAUGAGAAGACGCUUAUAACUCUCGCUGUAACAAAAAAAAAAAGAUCUUUUCUACCGCUGUAUUUGUAAGAUAUCACGGACGACUCGCGAAUGAUCGUCUUGUAAAUAUUAGAUAAUCACAAUGACGUACAGAGAAAAUUCUUUCGCGAAAUAAACAAAAGUAGAAAAAAAGGACACACGAGAUGGGACUCUUUAUGUGUAUAUGAUAGAACUGUUGAUUCAAUAACGCGAAUAUAUGAUAAUAUCCACGUUUUCGUCUUCGAGAAAAAGAAAGAUAUCAUUUUUUGAGAGGAAAGACACACGCAAAUACAAAUAUAAAUACACAUACACAUGACACUUAUGGUGCAUGAGUGUGUUACGUGCGAGGAUAUUCACAACUUCGAAUUGAUAUUCAGAGUAUAGAGUAACAUUGAAGGGCUGAAUUCUGAUUGUCAUGUUAUAUCUAUCGCGCGUAUAUAUGCAUAUUGAGCUUUGCAUUCCGUUGUACGAGAAAUUCAUUAUCAUGAGAAAUAUUGGGAUUUUGUUAGCGGUCCAAUCUCUUCGUCUCUUUUGAAUUAUAUUAAUUUCCGUGAAACACGUGCUCUAACGAUGUUUCGCUACCUAUAUUGUAUUAAAUUGAUUUUAACGAGAAUUUUGACGGAAAGUCAACUCCGAUUACGUGGCUGCGAAAUCGUCCUACAAAGUAGAAAUGCAAAUUCCAUGUUUUAAGAUUGAUUUUAUAUCUGCGAACUAUCAAAUAUCCCAUUUUUAUUGUUUUCACAAAAAAGCCACGACAUAAUAUAAAGAAUAAUUGUAUACAUAUAUAUCGAUGAUAGUCUUUUAAGUUGCAGUAAAAACACUAACAUAAAAUUAAUAGCAAAAUAAUAAUGUACAUAGUUUUUACUAUCUAAUUUUGGGAUUUCAAUUUUACUAUUUACUACUCAAUUGGAAUUAUUUACUCUCAGAGAUAUCAUUUGUACAUAUUAUGUCGAAUAGAAGGGGGGGAAAGAGAGAAAGAGAGAGAGAGAGAGAGAGAGAGAGAGAGAGAGAGAGAGAGAGAGAGGAGGAAACAGAAAAACAUGCAGAAACAUUCGCUCAUUUAACAUAAUGUUCAUACGAUUUUAUAACUACUUUAUCGAAUUUUCAUCUAUUGAUCAUCUAUUGAUGAGUAACAAAUGUAAACUCCACAAUAAGUAUACAAGUUAAGAAAAAAAGAU